AUGCUGCGACGUGUCGGAAUCGCCGCCUCGGUCGCCGCGGCCGGCGCCGCCACGCUCCAGAGACGCGCGGCUGAGUCGCACGCCGCGGCGCCGGCGCCCGAGUCGCUCGCUGCUCAGCGACCGCCCUCCGUUGUACGAGUGGCGCCACUCGACGACCCGCCCGAUGUAACGCUCGAAUACUUUGCGCUCCGCGGCCUCGGCGAGCUGCCGCGGCUCAUCCUCGAGCUGACGGGUAUCCCGUACGACAGCGUGUACCACUUCGGCACGGGCGUGUACAAGCCGUACGCGCCAUUCGGCCAGUUACCGGUGCUUCGCGAUGGGCCGCUGCUCAUCUGCGAGAGCGGCGCCAUCGCGCGGCACCUCGCGAGGAAGGCGUGCAUCGACGGCGGCGACGCGGCGGACAAGGCGCGCGUCGACAUGUUCUUCGAGCUCGCCAAGGACCUGACGUCCAUAAAGUCAGGCAUCCACGACCCCGCGUCGGCGGACGGGAAGCGGCUCGCGGCGAUGCUGGCCACCGCCGAGGCGAACUGCGGCGGGGCGCACUUUGUCGGCAGCUCGACCACCCUCGCCGACGUGGCGCCCGGCUCGCUCGAGCCGUACCCCAAGCUCAAGGCAUUCGUCAAGAAGUUUGCCGCGCAGCCAGCCAUCGCCGAGUACCUGCACAGCGACCGGCGCGUGCCGCUGACGGCCAACGAAGACGGCAAGCAGCCGCACUCUGGGCUGCCGGGCUACAAGUUCAAGGAGCCGCUGCGGCCGGGCACGUACGCGACGCCCUGGUCUCCGCCCGGCGCGUGAGAGGAGAGCCGCUCUCCUUGCUACGCCGCUGGCACAUGCCCACAAUGAGAAUGGUUUUAGCCUCGAGUACGUAAGGGGCCCUAAAAGGC